CCGUGUCGGCAGAUGUUUGGGAAGUUGGUAUGCCAUGUCGAUCUUUCUUCUUGGGCGGUGGGCUACACCGAUUGCAAUUGGUUGGAUGCUCCAAGUAUCCCCUUGUCUUCCCUUUCGAAAUGUUUUCCUACGCUCUCAGGGGCUCAAACAUGCUGUGUGAAGAUGUCGUGCUCGGACAUAACCAUCGCGAAGGGUCUGGAUGCAACGGGCAGGUUCUUUCUGCUUUCCCAAGCGCCUGUGGGGACACUUCGCGCCAGAUCUCUGUCGUUGAUAUUUCGGUUCUGAAGCCAGGUGCUUAUGCAAGACUUGUGGACGACUUUGCCAAGGCCUUGUUGGAGAUUCAAGAUGCCAAAGAGAUUGCUCCAGCGCCGGCACAAGUUACUGCAGGUGCAACUCAGGCACGGAAUCAACAGGUCAUACUUUGGCAAAGCCGGUUGGCGUGUCGGUUCUGCGAUGCCCUGCAAGUCAGGUUUCAAGACAGUUGCUUCGCUUUCAGCUGCUUCAAGAUGACGCGAAUUUUUUGAAGAUGGGAGCGGCGAAAUGUUUGGAGCAAGUCAACAGCUAUUUGGCACACUGGAUAUCGCAGCUUGCACGCUGCCCGGACAUGGUUGGGACACUGACUACUUGAGCCCGGAGGUGGUCCCGGCUGCCGUUUUCCUCCUUUUUGAUUUGUUUGUUUUCAUGCUUAAGGUCUUUGGGCGCAAGUGCUCAAGACAUGCAUGUCUUUUGUUUCUUUCAGUAGUUGAUGAGGCUGACAAGGAGCCGAGCCGGUAGUUAAUGUGCUGCGGUUUGCACGGAAGCCGGCAGGCAAUACCUAUUGGUUGCCGCGUUCGAAGUGCUUGCCACCGCCUAGUGUAUCCUAUUGUGGAGCUCUGGACAAGCAGAGAUUUCUCGUUUGGACUGACGGGGCUGCGCAUAGCCGCCCCUCAGACUCAGAGCCCGUGCGCAAUAUAGGGAAAUCAUUU